AAUUGUUUCUGUCUCGGCAAACGAUUCGGUUGUGCCAAGUGUUGUGCUCCUAUUGUGCCUUCUAGUGGGUUGUUCCAGUGUUGUAACAGUGAAAACAAGUAAAACUCAUCAAAGAUGUCGCGCAAUCCGGCCGAAAACCAGCUGAACGCGUUCCGGGAUGCUCAGAAGGAGAAGACGACGGCUACCAUGAGCCAUGGUGCUCCGGUCGGUACGAAGAGCGCCACGCAAACGGCCGGUCCACGCGGUCCGGUUCUGCUGCAGGACGUUCACCUUAUCGACGAGCUGGCCCACUUCGAGCGCGAGCGUAUUCCGGAGCGUGUGGUGCACGCUAAGGGUGCCGGUGCCUUCGGUUACUUCGAGGUCACGCACGACAUCAGCAAGUACUGUGCCGCGAAGCUGUUCGAGAAGGUGGGCAAGAAAACCCCGAUGGCCAUCCGUUUCUCGACCGUCGGUGGCGAGAGCGGUUCCGCCGAUACGGUGCGCGAUCCGCGCGGUUUCGCCGUCAAGUUCUACACGGACGAUGGUGUGUGGGACAUGGUGGGCAACAAUACGCCCAUCUUCUUCAUCCGUGAUCCGAUCCUGUUCCCGAGCUUCAUCCACACGCAGAAGCGCAACCCGGCCACUCACCUGAAGGAUCCGGACAUGUUCUGGGAUUUCAUUUCCCUCCGCCCGGAGACGACGCACCAGACGUUGUUCCACUUCUCCGACCGCGGUAUUCCGGAUGGCUACCGUUUCAUGAAUGGAUACGGUUCGCAUACGUACAAGCUGGUUAACGCCGAUGGCAAACCGGUGUACUGCAAGUUCCAUUUCAAGACCGACCAGGGUAUCAAGAACAUGGAUACGGCCCGUGCCGCUGAGCUGUCGGGUAGCGAUCCGGACUACAGCAUUCGCGAUCUGUACAACGCGAUCGCCAAGAAGGACUUCCCCAGCUGGACGCUGAAGGUCCAGGUGAUGACCUUCGAGCAGGCCGAAAAGGUACCGUUCAACCCGUUCGAUCUGACCAAGAUCUGGCCGCAGAGCGACUUCCCGCUGAUCCCGGUCGGCCGCAUGGUGCUCGAUCGCAACCCGAGCAACUACUUUGCCGAGGUUGAGCAGGCCGCAUUUUCGCCUUCUCACCUUGUGCCCGGCAUCGAACCGUCCCCGGACAAGAUGUUGCAGGCGCGUCUCUUCGCUUACGCUGACACGCACCGUCAUCGCGUGGGUGCCAACUACUUGAUGCUACCGGUCAACUGCCCCUACCGGGUGCCUGUGCGCAACUACCAGCGUGACGGACCGAUGAACUCUACCGACAAUCAGGGUGGUGCUCCAAACUAUUUCCCGAACUCGUUCAGCGGUCCGCAACCAUGCCCGGUGGCGCACAAGCUACAGAACUCACAGCUGAAGCUGUCCGGUGACGUAGGUCGGUACGAAGUGUCGGAGGACGAUGAUUUCUCCCAGCCGGCCGUGUUCUAUCGUCGCGUGCUGGAUGAAGCUGCUCGCAAGCGGCUGGUUAGCAACAUUGUGGCUCAUUUGUCGAAUGCAUCAGCGUUCCUGCAGGAACGUGCGGUGAAGAACUUCGCCAUGGUCGAUGCUGAUCUUGGCCGUCAACUUUCCGAGGGAUUGAAGCUGCACCGUUCGUCCAGUUUGUAAACAGAGAGCAAUGUUGGCUUAUCAACUAAGCAUUCGGAAUCGUUUAACAUUCGAUCAUGCACCGGCAAAAUAGCACAAACAAUCAUUGUAAUGCCGUAAAAGGGGUCGGCCUCUUACAAAACUAUCUGGGUUUAUGUUUUUUUCUGUUUUUGUUCAAUGUAAUCCAUAAUUGCACAAUUGCGCAUAUCCAGUGUAAAUGUGACCGAGUGCAAUAUUCCUAUGCGUGUGGCAGGCACUCGUAUAUUUGUUAUUUUUGUAAACAAUUUUAUUAACAAAAAAUAAAAUCUAAUGGUUUUAUA